AUGCAGAAUAGACUCUAUUGCGACCUUCGACUGCGGUCCUGUCGAAAAACGACUAUUCUUUUAGUCCUUGCAUUAUUUGCUAUCACGACUACCGUCCUCUUGUGUGGCACAGGGAGCCCGACAUCGAACACGCGGCCUGCCGAAGCCUCCGACAUAUCAAAACAGACAUUUGCUCCAUGCACGAGGAAGACAGAGGCAUGGAGGACAAUCCGAUCUAAACAUGAUACGUUGAUCGAGGACAAGUUUACAGUCGCCGUGUCCACCUUCCAUCGACCCAACGAGUUGAAGCGCAUUCUCGGCAUCCUCCUCUCCGACCAUAUCCCCUCCCUUCUCGAAGUCGUCGUAAUAUGGAACAACUUUGGCGAAGAACCACCCGCCGCUUACGAUUCUGAACAUGGCGUCAGGGUUCGAUACCGCAUCCCUCCACGAGACAGCCUGAAUGAGAAGCUCUGGCCGGAUCCCGAAUACCGCACUCAGGCUGUUCUUCUAUCAGACGAUGACGUUUACUACCGAGCCGAGGACCUGGAAUUCGUCUUCCAGAGCUGGCGGAAGUUCGGAAAGGACAGAAUGACGGGCGCUUUGGCGAGGUGCGCGACACCUGAUAACAACGGACAGUGGGAAUACACAUUUUGCACGGGUCACAGUAUCGACAAGUACUCCAUCAUUCUGUCGAACCUGGCCUUUGCUCAUAUUGGACUGCUGGACUAUUACUUCUCCGACGAUCCCGCCAUGACCGCGGUCCGCAACCUGGUCGACGACAAAUUCAACUGCGAGGACAUCGCGCUCAACUUCGCCGCGUCGCUGCUCACGGGAUCGGGGCCUCUGCUCGUUCAGGGGCGGGACCAGUACGUCAACCUGGACCCGUCCACCGGCAUCAGCAGGAACUCGGGGCACAUGGAGGCGAGGAGUCAGUGCCUCAACGACUUUGCUCACGCGUUCCAGUGCAUGCCCCUGGUUGACGAGUCAGCACGGAUAGAGCGCGGGUACAGGUUCAACGUCUGGUACAAGUCGCUCUGGGACCGGUUUACGUAUCGAUGA